CUUGAUUUUCGACGGGGGAUUCGUGAAAUUGAGAGGGAAAGGGUUGGAGAUUUGCUCUGUAUGUUUCUUCAGACCCUGAGGCGAUCUUUUACGAUGAGUGUUUCGAUGAGCUCGGCUCCGUUCUCGAGAGCCGUGGUACGAGCUAUGCGAAAGCUCUACCCACCAGCCCUCGCAGACAACUCCUGGGACAACACUGGCCUCCUUCUCGAAGCCCCCUUCGUCCCAUCUCGCCCUCAAUCCAACACUAUCCUCCUCACUAUCGACCUCACUCGUGCUGUCGCUGACGAAGCCAUCGCGCUCAAAUCCUCUAUCAUAAUAUCCUACCACCCCAUCAUAUUCCGUGGCCUAAAAUGCCUCACUCUCGCAAACACCCAACAACAGAUUCUGCUCCGACUGGCGAGCCAUGGAAUCAGUGUCUACAGUCCCCAUACCGCCGUCGAUGCCGCACCCGGUGGUCUUGGAGACUGGCUCGCCGACAUAGUUACUGGAACGCGGACCAGCUACGAAGAGUUUUCUGAUGCUGUGGAAACGCCCAAUAGCAAGGAAGCCCUCGACGACAACGAUCCAUUCACAGACCUUAAACCCCCACCCACCUACACCCUAAACCACCACCCCAGCCAAACCUCCUUCCGCCUCGCAACCGCCGCUUCAGAAACUGUGACAACCAUCCCCCACACCCGUCGCCCGAUUGUUCCGCAGUCACCAGACCUCGAAUCGCAUCCUGGCGCAGGAAUGGGUCGCAUAGUGACGUUCAGUAAUCCGCAGCCGCUGCCUACGCUGUUGGAUCGAAUAGGUAAGGGCAUGAAUAAUCCGAAAGGUUUUCCUAUCGCGAUACCGCAAGGGAGAACUAUCUCGGAUCUGAGUAUCUCGAGCGUGGGCAUCUGCGCUGGUUCUGGGGGCUCGAUGCUCGGGGGUUUAGACGUGGAUUUGCUAUUUACGGGGGAAAUGAGCCAUCAUGAAGCACUUGCGGCGAUUGAGAAGGGGCAGGCAGUGAUCAGUUUGUUCCACAGCAAUUCAGAACGGGGGUUUCUGACUGAGGUAUUGCGGGGGCAGUUGGAAGGGAUGGUUGAGGAAGAGUGGGCGAAGAUCAGGCAGGAGGAUGGCGAGAAUGAGGAGUUGAGAGAAGUGUUGGAGGAGGAGUUUGAGGUCCUGGUUAGUGAGGUGGAUAGGGAUCCUUAUGGAAUUGUGAUUCUGAAGUCUGACACAGGAUGAGCAGGGAUGAGUGAGUUAGUAGAGUAGGAAAAUGGGGCCACAAUACCACA